AUGGGCAUCGUGGAAAGCAGAUUAUUGGCAAACAGUCUUCUUUCUGCUUGCAAUAAGGCUGCAGAAGAGGGAAAACAUCAACUAGACGAGUCUGAGUUCUGGAAAGAUAUUGAAAACGUCAAAGCAUCGAAAAGCAUAUACAAGCACAUUCCCCAGCGUAUCCGACAAACUUCUCGUCAGUCCGCUAUCAAGAAGGCCAUCGUGCGUUCCUCACAACAACUCCAAGCUCCACAAAUCGUCCAAGACCUGCAGGACAAGCGUGAAUCGCUUUUCCCCUUGUACUUACCAACAAGCAGCGAGGAGAGCAGCGACGGUUCUUCAAGCACUCGUCAAAUUGCACCUUUCUCUUGCCAUGUCCCAACUUCGCUGCAACCAUGUCCGCUCGCCGAUUUCUACAAACUCGUCGUCUUAUGCGAAAAUCAACAGCAACUGGGGAAAAUCCGCCUCCGGAUUUGCUAUGUGGCGUUCUUUCGCUUGAAGAAUGCCGUACAGCCAGGUACCCAGUACCAAUACGAUGAUGCUUCAAUGUUCAUAGCCCAUCUGAUAAGAGAUUCGGGCUGUGAAGACUCACUUUCCGACAUUGAACGUCGUGUAAGACACUGGGUUGGCCUAGGAGAGCGAUACAGUCUGCUAGCUAAUGACCUUGGAGGGCUGGGGGUAUUGUAUCUCCUUCCACAAGAUGGUGGUGAGUCGAUCUGGACCAAAGAGCUGCCCAAAUCGCCGAAGAGGCCUAGAAGAAUUGCCAUGUUGAACCAUCUGAGGCAGAAAGGAUUGCCAGAAGAAGCUCAGACACGUGGUCUUCAUGCCUUGGCAGAGGACGAGGCUGCAAAAGUUCUGGGGCCGAUCAAAGCCUCAUUAGAACGAGUGAUGGAGAGUCAACUAUCAGAGGCAAAUGCCCAUAUUGUGGAUGAAAACCGACAGUCUAAUAGGACUUGGCCACAAUCGGAUAUUCCCCAAAUUCGUCAGCCUAGCGCCGUGGUCACGCGACUUCGGAAAUGGUGCAAGAUGUGA